AUGGCCCUCGUCCCUCAGAAUCCCUACCACAAGCACACACGUGGCAUUAUCGUCAUUGCACGAAAGAACUCUAAACCCUCAUCAGCUGUCGUCAAACAGCUAGAACAGCGGAACCAAACCCUGAUCAAAAUUUUCACUCCUCGAUUGUCUGGCAAGUCCCCGACAGAAUACACCUCCCUGGUCCUGAAUGGUUUUUCAUCCAAUUACAACAUCCAAGACUCCAGAAAGAACGAGCUUGCUACUUUGAAGCGAAAGAUUGAAGCGUAUAAUACAGAGCCACAAGCACUGACAAGCCAUGUCUAUAUUGUCGUCAGUGGCGAUGACGGGUUCUUUACAAAUGUUGACGGUAUUUAUGGCUUCUUCGAUCGGUACAAGAAUGUGACGUUGAUGCUGGUCAUCUACCAUGGAGAAAAUCAAUACCUGGAGUACCGCAUUCGAGACAUUCUUCAAGCAAUCUCAGACAUCAAGUCACACGUUGCCAAACCCACCGAUCAGUGCCACAUGCUGGUCAGAGCGUGGAUUGGUAUUGCUGUCAAUACGGAGAUACUCGCUCAAGCAAAUAGGGAUCUCAAGAGAUUUAUACCCCAGAAGAGGAACGCAUCAACUGUCUUUGACGACGACCAAGUCAAACUUGAACAUCCUAACAAUACUGUUGUCAAGGCGGCCAAGAAGCGAGCAGUUGUCGAGAAGAAUGGUGUUGACAUCAAUGAUUGUGGCGAUUGUAUGUGUCCCAUCAAGGACUGCAACAAGACUGCAACAAGAGCUUUUACACCGAGUCUGACUAUCUACAACAUCAAGAAGGGCACGAGCAAAGUCGAAUAA